AAUGUUCAAAGUUCCUCGUAAGCUUCCAAUUUCUGCAAUUUCGACAUUUUCAACCACCGGAUCAAUCAGUGCUCAACAACAACCACGUGUAUUCCCACUGCAACAUCUCAAUGAAAAUGAAAAGAAACUUGUUGAAAAAGUUAAAAACUUUGCUCAAUCAUCAGUCAAACCUCUUGUGCGGGAAAUGGAUCGCGAUGCAAGGAUUAACAAACAACUCUUGAAAAAGGCAUUUGAUCUGAAACUCAUGGGAUUAAAAAUUGAUCCGAAGUAUGGAGGAUCUGGAGUAUCAUUUUUCGAAUUAGUGCUAGCAGUUGAAGAGUUGUCAAAGAUUGAUCCGGCGAUUGCAUUGAUAAUGCAUUUGCAAAAUGCAUUAGUGGCACCUCUUAUUGAAGAAUUUGGUUGGCGCCUUCGCACUUUCGGAAGUUGUAUCUGGAUCCGAUGCAUUCGCAAUGCAAACAGUCGCCAAAAAAGAUGGAGACCACUUCAUUCUCAACGGAUCAAAAUGGGGAAUCAGUAAUGCACCGAUUGCUGAUUUUUUCCUUGUUCUUGCAAAUGCGGAUCCUGAGAAAGGAUACAGAGGUGUCACUUGUUUCAUUGUGGAUCGAGAUCAUGAAGGAGUCGUUCUUGGGGAACAAGAUGAUAAUCUUGGAAUGCGUGCAGGAACCAUUGCUCAAGUGCAUUUGAAUAGUGUGAGAGUUCCAAAAACAUCAAUCGUUGGGGAAUAUGGAAAAGGAUACAAAUACGCUAUUGAAGUUCUGAAUGCCAGUCGAAUUGUAAUUGGAGCACAAAUGGUCGGGUUAGCUCAAGGAUGUUUUGAUCAAACGAUUCCUUAUCUGCAAGAAAGAAAGCAGUUUGGGAGCAGGCUUAUCGAUUUUUAGGGUCUUCAACACCAAAUUGCAAAAAUUCAAACGGAAAUUGAAGCUGCUCGUCUAAUGGUUUAUAAUUGUGCACGAAUGAAAGAUUGUGGAAUGCCAUUUGUCAAAGAAGCUUCAAUGGCAAAGUAUUACGCUCCAGAAGUAUGAUUUCCAAAAAUCUCAUACAAAAUGUUUGAUUCCUAACUGUUUCAGGUGGCUUGCAAAACAACAAAACAAUGUAUUGAGUGGCUGGGCGGUGUCGGAUUCACUAAGAAUUUUAUGGCUGAAAAGUUUUAUCGAGACGCAGUUGUUGGAGGAAUUUACGAAGGAACAUCGAAUAUUCAAUUGAAUACCAUUGCCAAAUUUAUAGAUAACGAGUUCAAACACAGAAUUUAAUGACUUCAAAAGUGAUUUUGGGAUACUUUAUCGCUCAUAAUUUUUUUUAUUUAUAUCCUUACAUCAAAGUGCACUCAACAAUUUUCCACUCAUCCACUUAAAACAAUGACCAGCUGCUGAGAAAAAAAUUCUCGACGUUCUUCAAUCUAUAUUUCAAAUUCUUUUCGCUUCAAAUUUAUCAUGAAGCUUUUACAUAUUUUUAUUAUUUUUCUGUUAUUCCAAUCGUGCUCUAAUAAAAUGUGUCAAUAUUCAAA